UUAUAUAGCCUGUGGAGUAAGAGAGACGUGGAGCGAACCCAUGUCACAAAGAAUGAGGGGAGGGAGUUGAGCUUUGCCAGCGGUGAGAAAGUCAGGCUGUCUCGCAGUGCCAGAUUUCCACUUGGUUUUUUGGAGGUUUGGGUGACAAGUUUGGCCGGUGGCAUAAGGCCAUGAAUACAUAUAGUGUAACACUCAACGGACCUGCUCCCUGGGGUUUUCGGCUUCAGGGAGGCAAGGACUUCAACAUGCCCCUGACCGUGUCCAGACUGACCCCAGGCGGUAAGGCGGCCCAGGCCGGAGUGGGUGUUGGAGAUUGGUUGGUGUCCAUCUCUGAUGCCAAUGCAGAGGAGAUGACCCAUGUGGAGGCACAGAACAAGAUCAGAGCCGCAACCGACUCCCUCGCUCUCACUUUGAGCAGAGCUUUUAAUCCUGCUGGAGGAGAGCAGAACGAUUCACUCGCACCUGCAUCCAGUCAGCCCAAGUACUCAUUUGCACCGAGCACGACCAUAAACAAGAUGCCGCGGCCAUUCUCUGCAGCCCCUGGCAGUGCCAGCAAGGGGCCUGUCAUCAAGCCGGUGUCAUACGCCCCCAAGCUUAACUUCAACUCGCCGCAGCCUCACAAUGGUCACGGAGUAACUCCCUGUCCUGCCAAGUCCAAGCCAGCAGACAAAGCUGAUGAAGUUCAAGCGCCAGCUAAAGCAUCGACCAAUUCUGGUCCAGCCUGCCGUCCCCCAUGGGUGACUGAUGCCAGUUUUGCAGACCGUUACCACCCAGAAAAGACAAGCACGGUGGUGACGCAGCACCAGAAGCCAGUCCAACCCACUCCCAUGCAGAACCGCAGCUCCAUCAUGCAGGCAGCGCAGCAGAACCCUGCCGACUCCAGCGGCCGCACCCCGCUCUGCGCCGCAUGCAACAAGAUCAUUAGGGGACGCUACGUGGUAGCGCUUGGUCGUUCUUGGCACCCAGAGGAGUUCACGUGCUGUCAGUGUAAAAGGGUGGUGGACGAGGGGGGCUUCUUUGAGGAAAAAGGAUCCAUUUACUGCACCAAGUGCUACGACAACCGUUACUCACCCAACUGUGACAAAUGCAAGAAGAAGAUAACUGGGGAAAUCAUGCAUGCCCUGAAGAUGACCUAUCACGUACAGUGCUUCCUGUGUGCUGCCUGCAAAAUGCCCAUCAGGAACCAGGCCUUCUACAUGGAGGAGGGAGAGCCCUACUGCGAGAGAGACUAUGAAAAGAUGUUUGGUACCAAAUGCCAUGGCUGUGACUUCAAGAUUGAUGCAGGAGACCGUUUCCUUGAGGCGCUGGGCUACAGCUGGCAUGACACUUGCUUUGUCUGUGCUAUCUGUCAAAUCAAUCUGGAGGGGAAGACGUUCUUUUCAAAGAAGGACAAGCCAUUAUGUAAAAGUCACGCUUUCUCUCCGGUGUGAGGCUCUGCUGUUCAUCAAGGAGGGGCCGGAACGGAGACUGGGGGGUCUAUAGCUAUGCCAAACAAGACCAAGUACUUUACUUGAAGCCUGUAACAUAUGGCUGACUGACAGAGUGAUGGAUAUAGCAGCUCUGUUCUUUUUCACCGGCUGUUAUAGCAGCUUCGAUCAGCAUUUACUAAGUGUGUGUCUUUCAGCAAAUCACGGACCUUAAGUUUUGGUAGCUUGCUUCAGUAAGCCGACAUACUGCCCUUGGUUUUGCUGUUACGAUGCCAGUCAUUCAACUGGAAACAACUUGUGAACCGUUAUAACCACCAAUGCCAGACGUCAGAACGGAUAACAAGGUAUUUGGAUGCAGUAUUUUAGCUGUCCCUCCUCAUCCCACUCCACCUACAGUAUUCAUGACACCUUGUCAAUCCGAGGAAGAUAGUAUGCUCUUCUUCUGCUCUCUUUACUAUCACUUUUUAGAUCUCCAGUAAUUGGUUAGUUUCAGUGUCCACCAAUCUGAGUGAAUCUCACAAAACGUAUGUUAUGUUCACAUUUAACCCCAUUUUGUAUUGCCUAAAGUCAAAUUAAGCCAUUUGUAUGAAUAUCAAUUUUUGUGACUUUAUUUCCAUGACAGUUGAGUGUUUUACAACAUUAAUGAAAAUAUUGUCCCACUGGGAAAAAAAAAAGCAUACUGAAAAUUAGUUUUCUUGAUUUAACUUUGUAAAAUGUGAAAUUCUUUUGUGAGAUUUGUUCAUCUUGUCUGCACUCGGGUGUGUACAUUGUCAAAAUUCUAUCCACUCUUGUCACAAAUAAGGACAAAGCAUUUCACAUGUAAUUAGUGAAGCAAUCUAGUUGUACUCCACUCCAUACAAUCCAUUUUGUAGGCCAACGCAUUGAGCAUGUGAUCUACUCAGACAGGAUCUUAAAGUGGCCCCUCAAUCCUCUAGAUGCUGUGCAGCCUACUUUUCUGCUCCGCCUGAUUUGCUGUGCCAGGGUACUUAAGGUAAUGGCAAACCACAGAGGAAUAAAAUGCCCCUGGCAGCUACGCUGAAAUGCAUUAGCACUGAUUGCAUGCAUUUCAUCCUGACCCAACCAAUGGUCUCUACAUGGCUUAAAUACUAAAUAUCCCACAUUCAUCUGUUCUAAUCAGAUAGGUAGUUCUAAUUAAGGAAAGGCCUGUGAUACCAUAAAAACACUUUGCGUUGCUGCAAAUGGAUCCGGCAAUAUUAUAUGACCAGAGUCACUUAGAGCUUUUGCUCGUAUUUGCUUGCUGUUAUUUAAAGCUCUGUGGCCAUUUUGGUGGUUUCUGCAAGCUGCAAGUGCCAAAGGUGAGUUUUUUUGUAUCCUGAUUAUGGAUAUCAUCAAUGUAUGCGUAAUAUUAUGGCUUUUCCAAAUAUAAUGGUUCAGAGACAAAAAAAAUUUUUGGAUGCUGCCCGGCCGGAACAUUCCCUUAUUGGAAGAAAUGCAACACUCCAAUAUCCUGCUUUUAGAAAGCUAUACAUAUAUUUGAACCAACAGCUCAAUUUUUGUACUUUUUAUAUUGACAACAUGUUACGUAUCAACUAUCAAGUGCCUUUUUUUUUUUAAUAAAAUUGCAGCCUUUAACUAUUGCGAGUGUCAUUCAUAGUUUCAAGAUAAACUGCUGUAUUCUUGUGCAUAUUAUAGAGAGGUUUUCUAUGUCAGAUGAUGCAAAUCAUUUAUAAAGAAAUUGUGCUAGAGACAUUUAGUCAAUAAAUCACCUGCAGUCA